UGGAGUCACACAACGCACAGCAGCAGCCAUAUACAGUCUAUACACGGUGGUUCUCUGUAGUGUCCCUGGAGCUGCACACACACACAAAUUCAUACUGAGACAUAGAGAAGGAUGGCUACGACUGCGAAUAAUCCUUUUCAACAUAUUGUUGAGCCCCUGGACCCAGACGACCCAAAGCAGCAGUUUUUCAAUCUCUCCAAACUUCAAGACAGCCGAUAUGAACGUCUGCCGUUCUCCAUCCGGGUACUCUUGGAGUCAGCCGUCCGCAACUGUGAUGGGUUUCUGGUGAAGACCUCCGAUGUGGAAAGUAUCCUCAACUGGAAGCAGACCCAGACUCAAACUGUGGAGGUUCCAUUCAGACCGGCCCGUGUCAUCCUCCAGGACUUCACUGGUGUUCCUGCUGUGGUGGACUUUGCUGCCAUGCGUGAUGCGGUGAUGAAGCUUGGCGGUGACCCAGAGAAGAUAAAUCCAGUUUGCCCCGCUGACCUCGUCAUCGAUCAUUCCAUCCAAGUGGACUUCAACAGGAAGUCUGACAGCGUUCAGAAAAACCAGGAUUUGGAGUUUGACCGCAACAGAGAAAGAUUUCAGUUUCUGAAGUGGGGCUCUAAAGCUUUCAGGAACAUGCGAAUCAUACCUCCUGGUUCAGGGAUCGUUCACCAAGUCAACCUGGAGUACCUGGCCCGAGUGGUCUUUAAGUACGAUGGGUUCUUCUACCCCGACAGCCUGGUGGGCACAGACUCCCACACCACCAUGAUUGAUGGCCUGGGUGUCCUCGGCUGGGGUGUGGGUGGAAUUGAGGCGGAGGCUGUGAUGCUGGGUCAGCCAAUAAGCAUGGUUCUGCCUGAAGUGGUGGGAUACAAGUUGCACGGGACCCCGGAAAAACUCAUCACCUCCACAGACAUAGUCCUCACGGUUACAAAGCACCUCCGCCAGGUGGGCGUAGUGGGGAAGUUUGUGGAGUUUUUCGGCCCGGGUGUGGCUCAGCUGUCCAUCGCUGACAGAGCCACCAUCGCCAACAUGUGUCCAGAGUACGGAGCCACCGCAGCUUUCUUCCCCGUGGACCACGUCAGCAUUCAGUACCUUGCACAGACAGGGCGAGAUGCCGAAAAGCUGGACUACAUUACAAGGUACCUGAAGGCUGUGGGCAUGUUCAGGGACUACACUGAUGUCGCUCAGGAUCCAGAUUUCACUCAGGUGGUGGAGUUGGAUCUGAGUACAGUGGUCCCAUGCUGCAGUGGUCCCAAAAGACCCCAAGACAGAAUUGCUGUUUCUGACAUGAAAACAGACUUUGAAUCGUGUCUGGGAGCAAAGCAAGGUUUCAAGGGUUUCCAAGUGGCCCCUGAGCAUCAUAACACUGCAGUGCCCUUCCAGUUCAAUGGCAACGAGUACACGCUUAGCCACGGCUCAGUGGUUAUCGCUGCCAUCACCAGCUGCACCAACACCAGCAACCCCUCUGUCAUGCUGGGAGCCGGACUUCUUGCUAAAAAGGCGAUAGAGUGUGGUCUGAGUGUGAAGCCGUACAUUAAGACCAGCCUGUCACCUGGCAGUGGAGUGGUCACCUACUACCUGAAGGAGAGCGGUGUUAUGGACUACCUCUCUCAGCUGGGCUUUGAGGUUGUUGGCUAUGGUUGCAUGACGUGUAUAGGCAACAGUGGGCCGCUCCCAGAGCCAGUGGUGGAAGCCAUCACACAGGGAGAUCUGGUUGCUGCAGGUAUCCUGUCAGGAAACAGAAACUUUGAAGGGCGAGUCCACCCCAACACCAGAGCGAACUACCUGGCUUCUCCACCACUCGUCCUCGCUUAUGCUAUCGCAGGCACCGUGAGGAUCGACUUUGAUAAGGAGCCCAUUGCCACAAACUCUGAAGGGAAGGAGAUCUUCCUGAGGGACAUCUGGCCCACACGAGAGGAGAUCCAGGCUGUGGAGAGAGUUUACGUCAUUCCAUCAAUGUUUAAAGAAAUCUAUGAGAAGAUUGAGAAAGUGAAUGAACGCUGGAACGCCCUGGUUGCUCCCUCCGACAAGCUGUAUACCUGGGAUCCCGAGUCGACUUACAUUAAGCCACCACCGUUCUUCGAUGGUCUGACCAUGACGCUGCCUUCUCCUGGAUCCAUAAUUGAUGCCUGCGUGCUGCUGAACCUGGGAGACUCAGUCACCACAGACCACAUCUCUCCUGCAGGGAACAUUGCCAGGAACAGCUCUGCAGCACGCUACCUGACCAGCAGAGGUCUGACUCCCCGUGACUACAACUCGUACGGCUCCCGUCGAGGGAAUGACGCGGUGAUGGCCAGAGGGACGUUCGCAAACAUCCGCCUCUUCAACAAGUUCCUCAACAAGCAGGCGCCUCAAACCAUUCACCUGCCCACAGGAGAAACGCUGGAUGUGUUUGAUGCUGCAGAGAGGUACCAGCAGUCCGGUGUCCCCCUGCUCAUUCUGGCCGGGAAGGAGUACGGCUCCGGCAGCUCCAGAGACUGGGCAGCUAAAGGACCCUUCCUACUGGGUAUUAAGGCCGUUAUAGCCGAGAGCUAUGAACGGAUCCACCGCAGCAACCUGGUGGGGAUGGGAGUGAUUCCCCUGGAGUAUCUACCGGGAGUCACAGCUGACAGUCUGGGGCUCACCGGCAGAGAGCGCUACACCAUCACCAUGCCCAAGCAGCUCACUCCCAGGAUGCUCGUCGACGUCCAGCUCGACAACGGGAAAACAUUCCAAGUGCGGAUGAGAUUUGACACCGACGUGGAGCUGGCGUAUUUCCACCACGGAGGAAUCCUCAACUACAUGAUCCGCAAGAUGUCUGAGAACUAACCUGCAGCAAUCUGUUGCAACUCUGAGCUCAAGUCCAACAUGGUAAUAAUCUAAUACAAAAAACAUACCGUCCAGGAAUAGUUCAAUGAGUCAGAACGUUCAGUGCAAUGAGCCAUUCACAGAAACACUAUCUUCUCAUUGUUGAGAACGCUGCUACGAGUCAUGUCUGAAUCACACAGGAGGAAGGAAUUAACUGCAGGUGAAAUGUGAAUUGUUAGUAGAGAUAUGCAAGGUAGGGUGAUGCUUGAUUUAAAAAAAGCCAUGAGUAAAAUGUCGCCUAAUAUCCUCCUGUAUUUCACUGUCAUAAGAACGAUAUUCCAACCUGCACCUUCAGAGACAGCAGUUCUUCUGCUUCCACGAUUAUUACAGCUCGGCUCUUAUUUUGUUUCCUGUAAUAAUUUGGAUUUGUACGUCUAUGGUACGAAGGUCAAGCUUCGGGGCCACGUCACCACAGACUUCUGUUCUGUGGGCGUUGCAGUCCCACCAAGGACUGCUAACCUUUUACAAGUGGGUCCCUGUUUCGUUAGCUGCUCUCUAUUCGAACAUGCAUAAGUGUAGGCAGGUGAUGUGAUAUACAUUCCAGCUGAUGGUUUCAGACCAUUCCUCUGACCUAGAGGAAGGGGCGACGAUGAUGAUGAUGAUGAUGAUGAUGAUGAUGAUGAUGAUGAUGAUGAUGAUGAUGAUGAUGAUCUCAGGCUAUGUUUCCGAUAAAAAAAACUAGAGUAGCGAAUGAGUCAAAUAAGAGCCAAGUUGUAAUAAGCAGAAAUAUUCUUUAACACACAGAGAUUUAAAUUUAAUGCUUCCUCAUAAUAAGAAUUUAUCUUUAUAUAGAUUUUAGUUUCUUAGGGUUAGGGGGGUAAUCAGGGUUGGGGAUUUGAGGUCUGUGUUGCAGACAGUACUGUUUAGUGGUGAUGGACCUGUAAAGUCACAGGGGGAGGAUUCAGGCACAGCUCGUGUGUGAGAGCACGUUAUUCUUCUGGUUACUCCUCCAGCUAAAGACACUGUGGCGACGUGGUACAGUAAAGGUUCUUAUUUAAUUGUUGUUUAAGCCCAUGCAAGCUGUUUUCAUUGGAUCUUCCCCUGUGGUGAUCUGGUUUUUAUUAACUUUCCUCUUCUCGUUGUCUUUGAUGUAGUAAGUGAAAACAUGCCUGUUUGUUCUCCAGACAUUCCAGCGCAAAGCUGCUUUUUGUCAACGUAUUAACUGCCUUAAUAACUUAAUAUGUCCGAUCAUGUUCUUUGAUCACUUUAAUUUUAAUCGACUGACAAACCUUUAUUUUGCUAACUGUUCCAUGUGCUCUACAAUGUAAAAGCAUGGAAGCACAGGACACUGAUGAACAGAAUAAAAGACUUGUUUUGCAACCA